AUGGCCAAAGAAGACACCAAGCCAGAGCAAAGGAGAAACCUCCGUCAUAGAUGGAUCACCCCGAGGAAUCUUCAUCUUGCGCAAUUACUAACCGAACCACUAGCUACCAAGCCCAAGCCAUGCUGUGUGUGUAUUCCGGAGAAACAGUCCAGAGAUGAGUGUUUUCUGAUCAACGGAACCGAUAGCGACAAGUGCAAAACGAUCUUGAGCGACUACAAGAACUGUAUGAAAGGCUUUGGAUUCGAGGUAAACUAG